CGCACCUGUCCCCGCGCUCGCUCUCCGGGUUUACCCGUGGCCAGCUCUGAGCGCGACACUUGCUGGGUUCACUUAAGACCCAGGACCCCAGACUGUUAGGCUGGUGUGGAUGGACGCCCGGACGCCGGAAGUUCCCUGUGGGGACUUGCUGCAGAACGCGGCCGAAAAUCUACUUCAAGAGGUUGAAGAACAUUUCCAAGCUCUGACUGCAACAUUAAACCUCAGAGUGGAAGAGAUGGGAAGUCGCAUCGAGGACUUACAGAAAAACGUGGAUGACCUGAUGGCUCAGGCUGGGAUCGAGAAUUCUAUCAAAGAACCAACGACCUGAAGAUGUUAAACAAGUCAUGUGAAAUUGCUAAAAUGAAAACUAUACUAUAUGUCUGAGUAAUAAUAAUCUAUGUAGUAUGAA